AGGAGAUCCUCACUCCCCCACCAGCAACAGGUUUUGGUAUGAGUGGAAUUUUGACACUUCUCCAUUGAAAACCAAGUGAGCGCAUCAUAAUUGUCUAAAUAUAUCACUCCGACUCCGAAGAAGCUGAUAUCAACUGCAAAUAACAACAAGAUUUUAGGCUUUAUGAAAUUAUAAGUUUUUACCGACAAGUAAUUUACCUCAAAGAAGACAUGCCUACCAUCACAACACUAUUAUAUAUAUGGUUAAAUUGGAUGGAAGACAGCUAUAAAUAAACUAUAAUAAUACGUGUCAGACAGUCAGAAAAUGGCAAAAAGAAAUAUAGACAAUUUAAACCUCAAUGACAUCCUUGAAAUAUUCAAUAUUCUGAAACUUGAAUACGAUGAAAAUGACACCCUACCAGUAUUCAAGGAAAUUCUUAAAAAGAAAAUAGAAGAGCAGGGCUUUGACAAUGGAGUACAUCCGGCAAUUUUGCAGUAAGAGAAGCAAAGUUGAAAGAUAUUUCAAAGAGUGAAGCUCUAUUAAAAUACAACUAUGAGGUCAUUCAGUGUUUGAAAAAUCUUGACGCUGAGGACCGUAAUAUAAUAAAAAGUGCAGUUCUUGACACCAAUCAAGAAAUGCUGGAAUACAUGGACGAAGCUAAAUGUUUAUUGAAACAGAAAGACUUCUACCUUCUGAUUGCUGGUGAAACUAGUUCAGGAAAGAGUACCAUAUUAAAUUUAAUUCUCGGUGAAGAUGCAGUUCCACAUCACACGCUUUGCUCGACUUCAACUAUCUGUGAGGUAAAAUAUGGUGAAGUAAGAACUGUUGUUUUGCACGAAAAGCCCAAGAGUUGCGUUGAUAGUCGACCAACGCCUAAAACAAUCCAGUUACACGAGAGUUUCUGUAAAAGUUACGCUGAACAAAUGGAGUCAUAUGUUUGUCUGCAAGAAAAUGAAAGGAAAAUGGGAAAGUACGAAAAAGUGGAGAUUUUUUGGCCUCAUGACUUUCUCAAGCAAGGAGUUGUUAUUGUGGACAGUCCAGGUCUUGGUGAAUCAGAACAAAUGGACGAAGUAUUAAUGAAUUAUCUUCCAAAUGCUUUUGCUUUCAUUUACAUCCUUGAUGUUUCACGAGCUGGUGGUCUACAGAAAGAAUCUACUAUUAAGAUGAAAAAAAUAGCCGAAAAAUUGCUUGACUUCAACGACGGCCUCCAUAAAGGCUCAAGUCUUCAAGAAUCCACGCUUUUUAUUGCCAAUAAGUGGGAUCAAGUUGGUGAAGACAAGAAAGAGUCCGUAAGAAGCCACAUAGCAAAAGUGCUCAGUAAAUGCUUGGAUAAAUCUAACGUAGAAAAGCACAUCAUUACUAUGUCUGCAACAAAUUCUUUAAAAGUGCAACAAUGUGGUGGUAUUACACCAGAGUUUAAUAUCUUGCUUGACAGCAUUGGGCAGUUGAUUGUUCGAGCCGUUAACCUUAAAUUAUACAGCAGUUGGCGGACUUUAGAUAUGAUCAUCUGGCAAGUCAUUAGGCUGGCAGAUUACUUUAAACAUCAAGCUAAAGAUUCGAUACGAAGAUAUAGCAUUAUUGAAUCUCGUAUUAAGGAUAUUCAGGAUCAAGAGAAGAAUGAACGAAAAUUACUAGAAAUAGAUUUGGAUCCUGCAACGGAGACUGUAUCUAAUAAGAUGAAAGACUACAUUAAAACGGAAGACUUUAAAAACAGUUUCUUGACUUGGAAUACCAUUGGAGUAGAGAAGCUUCGUGGUAAAAAUUGGGAAACAACCAGAGAGAAUGUUGAAGAAGCCAUUUCUGAGAAAUUUUCGCUGUUAUUAAGAGACUGGGAAAUCAACGAACAAGUAUACGAAAAAACUCAUUGGAUGAUCGUCAACAAUUACCUCAAAAAAUUCAGUCUUUUAAAAGAGGAGCUUGAUAAAAUGAGCACUUGUAUUGAUGACAAGAUGGAGGAGAAUGAACAAAGUGAUUUGUCCCUUUCAACUAAAAUUCUUUUCGGGCUUUCUUUUCCCCUCUGGUUACCAUUUGCUGCAGCUGGAGUAUUGAUAAGUGCGCCAAUUCUGGCCCCAAUUGUAGUUACCAGAAGACUUUCUACCAACAACAACAUGAAAGAGUUACUGAAUUAUGUAAAACGUCGAUCGGAAAAGUUCCUGAACGAAAAAUUAGCCGAAGAAGUUUUGGAAGAAGCAAAACAACUCACACAGAAAACCAGAAAAAAACUGAAUCCUUACUCAAGCCUUAUUCCACGCGUAAUUGAAGCAGACAAGAAAAUGGUGGUCAAGUUACGCAAUGAGACACGAAGCAAUCAGGAAUUGGCAGAAAAAUACACUCCAAUUCAAAAAGAAGGUGGUGAGUUGAGAAAAAGGAUGAUCUCCUUAGGCUGGGAACUUUUACCAGCAACAAUAAAUCGCCGUGAUGUAAGAUGGGACAAUACCUACAGAGCUGAAAUCGGUGAGGGAGAUUUCUCUCGCGUUUAUCGUGGCAUGAUUAACACGAGCACAGCUGAGCCACAUCUUUCAAAAGUUGCUGUGAAAGUUUUCAAACAUUUAUUCGAUGAUCUGAAUGUAAGAUUUUACAUAGACGAGGAAGCUCUUUUAAGGUGUUUAAAGCAUGAAAAUGUUCUUCCUUUUAUUGGAGCAGUAAAGGAAGAAAUUAUAAAGGACGAUGGUUCAAAACAUUUGAUACAUGCUUUUGUGUUACCGUUGUGCAAGAAAAAUUUCAGGAAAGUGGUGAUGGAUGACAAUGACGUAAUUCCAGCAAAUUCAAAUAAUGUCAAUGCAGCAAUCGAGAAAUUUGUGAGCUGGAUUAAAGGGAUUGCUAAUGGAUUGCAGUAUAUACAUGAAAUGGGUCUUGUACACCGUCAUCUUAAACUUGAAAAUAUUUUGAUGAACGAAAACGGUGAACCAGCGAUAUCAGACAUUGGAAUUUCAGGCCAAUUUUACGUAACCGAGAGAAGUAUGAUCUACCUUGCUCCAGAAGUUUUGAAGAGCUUUGAUAACAUGAAGAAAGAAGCAGAUAUCUAUAGUUUUUCAAUUUUACUUUGGGAAAUGUGGCAUGGUGAUAAAGCCUUCGAAAGCUUAGACCAAUUAGAACAGAUGAUUUCAAAUUAAAGAUCAUCAACGGUCAUUGACCAAAACUAGAUAAGGUCAUGAACUAUCCACAUAUAAAGAAGAUGAUUGAGACAUGUUGGCACCAUGACCCUCAUCAAAGACCAAGCAUUCAAAAAUGUUUGGAGGGACUCCAAGAGAAGACUUUUAUGUCAGCAAAUUUAUAGUUUUCCUUUUAUGUAGAUUUCAUAAUGAAUGAAUUUCUUUCAUAUCAGUGAUAA